GUCGUAGGUGACCCAACUCUCCUUCCUCAAGCAUGAAGUUCAACAUUGCCAACCCCGCAACUGGGGCCCAAAAACUCCUCGACCUCGACGAUGAGAAACGAUACCGCGUAUUCUACGACAAGAAAAUUGCUCAAGAAGUCCAAGGCGACUCCUUCGGCGACGAAUGGAAAGGGUACAUCUUCCGCAUCACAGGCGGGAACGACAAACAAGGGUUUCCCAUGAAACAAGGUGUCCUCCUCCCCUCUCGCGUCCGCCUCCUCCUCGCCGACGGGCACUCGUGCUACCGCCCCCGCCGCUCCGGCGAGCGUAAGCGCAAAUCCGUCCGAGGAUGCAUCGUAGGACCCGAUAUCGCCGUUUUGUCCCUUGUCAUCGUCAAACAGGGAGAGAGUGAGAUUCCUGGGUUGACGGAUACGGUUUUGCCAAAGCGGCUUGGGCCGAAGAGGGCUACGAAGAUUAGGAGCUUCUUUAAUUUGGGCAAGGAGGAUGAUGUUAGGAAGUAUGUUGUUAGGAGGGAGGUUAAGAGUGCUAAGAAGGAGGAUGCAAAACCUUAUACCAAAGCGCCCAAGAUCCAACGACUGGUCACACCCAUUCGUCUCCAACGUCGUCGCCACCUCAACGCGCUCAAGCGCCGCAGGAUAGAACACCAGAAGGAGCAAAAGACCGAGUACGACGCCCUCAUCGCCAAACGCGUGUCCGAGAAAAAGGCAAAGGCCGCAGCUAUCAAGGCGUCGCACCACAAAGCGACCGCUGCCGCCACCACCACUGCCUAAAUCGUCUCGGGUGGUGCUACCUCUGCCUAAAUCAUUGCGGAUGGCUGUUACUCGAGCGGGUGGUGUUAUGUCGUUGUGUUUGUCUUGCGUAUCGCUCCGCUUUUAAGUAUGCAUCAUGUCCUAGGCUAAGCAAACAUUUCAUGAUUUUGAAAACCAAGAUGGUGGUUGU